ACAAUUCAGGUUCAUGUCAACGUAAAAAACAAACCAAAAAACCCACAGAAACAAUGCAAGUCUCAUACUCCAACAACAUGAGGACCUUUGUUCGUUUGCUUUGCUGGUGUUUGGUUUGUUUUGAACUUUAGGUCAUUUAGCCAAAACCCAGCAGGGCAGAUUUGAGGAGGACUUGCUUCAAUGUUUUUCAUUGAACUCCUGAGUUUCGUGUUGAGCAACAAGCAGGAAUGUGAGGAGCUCCCUGGGAAAGAAUUUUCUAUGAAGAAACAGCUGGAGGGCGGGGGUUUGACUCAGGCUGUCUUCUUCCGCCGUCUUCCAUAUCUUGAGAGAGAAAAGGUUCAUUUUCACCCUCGUGCUCGCGGCCACGCCUCGGACCAGCUGCACACCUGGACCAGCUGCACACCUGGACCAGCUGCCGCAGCAGGUAAAGCGGCCCUCGGUGCGCCUGCUGUCACAACCACGUUCACAGAAGACGAAGACUGACAUUCAGGUUCCUACUCAGAAACGUGAGUUUUUUGUUGCUGGAUAAAACAGGCAGCAUGGGAGAUACGCACUCUGCAGACGAUGGCACGGUGACACGAUCAGCAGAGUAUGUUGGGUCGUUUCUUGUGGAUGACUGCUGCUUGGAUGAUCAAAUAAAGCAGCUGCACACACAGCUGAAGUACUUAAAGGUGAGUCCUUUGCUGAUAAUUCAUAGUUGUAAAAAGAAAUCUAACGCAAAGUUUGUUGACAUCCAGGGUUACAAGAAAAACAGGCCGGUAACCUUGAAGUUCUCACUCAAAGGGGUGAAGAUCUAUGAUGAGGAUGAAAUGACCCUCCUAAUGGCUCAUGCUUUGCGAAGAGUCUCUCUGUCCACCACCCGUCCAAUUGAUGCCCAGUUUGCCUUCGUCUCCCAUAACCCAGGCAGCGCCUAUGCCCAACUUUACUGCCAUGUCUUCAAGGCAAGACAUGCCCGAGCGGCCCAGUUCUUGAAUUUGCUGCUCUGCCGAUGUUUCCAAUUGCUUUAUUUGGAGAAGCAUCCAGAAGAGGCACAAGAAAGCUCCAAUGGGUCAUUGCCUCAGCGUAAUCCUUCGCUACUCAACCACGGCUUCCCUCUUAGCGUCAGUGCUCUAGUUUCCUUUAGAAGAGCUCCUUUUCGAGGACUGCGGCUAAGCACAAAGAAAUCUAAGAAGUCGUCCAAUGACGUUCCUGACAGCCAAGACGAUGUUUUUUCCUCCUCCUCUCCCUCACUGACGCGGAAGAAAGUCAUCCGCGCUAAAGGACUGCAUUCUGGAGCUUACCGCUCCUUCACUUUCACGCCACGCAAACAGCGCAGCGUUCAGGAGCAACUAAGUGUGUCACAAGAAAAGGGUCAAGACACAGUGCCAGUAAGGAGAUCCCGGGCUCCAAGUUUAGCCGAAACAGAGGAAGCAUUGGCUCAGGCAGUUUGGAGUUGGGCUGGUCUCACAACUGACAGCAGCUACUCCCUCCUUGCAGAUGAUGUCAUGGGAUCAUACCUUCUGUGCCCUCAUCCUAAAAAACCUAAAAGUGGUUCCCUUAUUGUUCGCUUCCCCUCCGGCCUGACCACCCACCUUAUAGAAAACACUCGUAAAGGGAAGUUCAAGUUGGAGAAAUGCAGGAGAGAAUUUCAUUCUCUUGCUGAACUCAUUGAAUACUAUUCAGUGACUCCAGAUGAGCUGCGUUGUCAACUGUGCUGUGCACGUGUGAACCACUGUUAUGAGUGGGAAGAAAAUACCAACACACAACAAGCUGCAAAACCAUACAAAAACUCAGCUAAAGCCAGAGUUAAAAGUUCUCACUGAAAGGGAAAGGCAAUAAACCCUGAGGAAUUAGCUGACAAGAUGAGACGAUUCAAAAUAAGAGAAUCUAUUUCUUUUGCACAUUUUUGUUUAGCAUUUUCAGAUGGUACAUUGGGUAUAUUUCACUCUCUAAAACAUAAUGCCCUUAUUAUCAGUGUUGGCACAUGUCUUUGCUUUUGUAUGCACCAGAUUCCAUCAGGGCAGCUUAUGUGUCAGAGAUAACAUUGAGUGCUUGCAGCUUUUAUGUAAAGUGAAAUUUUAAAGUAUUUUGACAUGCCUGUAAGACUUUUGACAUUGAAAUGUUUUUAGAUGUACCCAUUUCAAGUGUGGAUUUUAUGGCUGGGUCUUGCCUUUUCCUCAACCCCCCAAACCCCAAAUCUUCUAAAGAUGUUACCUGAGUACAUAACCAUGUUUUACUCUGAUUGUCCUUAACUUGUCUAAAUAUUACUCUGUGUUUAAGAGAUUGUAUAUGAUGAUGCACUUUAUUUACAGUCCAUCAUAGUGUGUGCAGUUUAAUGUAACAGAGCUUAGAGCAAGAUUGUCUAUGGUGAUGGAAGAUUUCUAGUCUAUGACCAGUCAGCAUACAUUUUUUUAUCUCCAUUUUACAAUAAAUAAUGGACUCUCUUUUUAGUCCACAUCUCA